GAGUGAGGUUUGUAGUUUGUAUGAGUGAGGUUUGUAGUUUGCAUGAGUAAAGUGUCGUUUUUACGAGUGAGGUUUGUCGUUUUUACGAGUGAGGUUUGUAGUUUUUACGAGUGAGGUUUGUGUUCAGGAGCCGGACUAAGAACAUGAUGUGGUACGGAGUUCUUGGAACCAAAGAGCUGCUGCACAGAACCUACAAGAACCUGGAGCAGAAGGUUCUAUUGGAGUGUGAUGGGCGUCCGAUCCCUCUCCCCAGUCUUCAAGGCAUCGCUGUGUUGAACAUCCCCAGUUACGCAGGGGGAACCAACUUCUGGGGAGGAACCAAAGAGGACGAUACGUUCACAGCUCCCUCCUUUGAUGAUAAGAUCCUGGAGGUGGUGGCCGUGUUCGGCAGCAUGCAGAUGGCCGUGUCUCGAGUCAUCAACCUGCAACAUCACCGCAUCGCACAGUGUCGUACGGUGAAGAUCACGAUCCUCGGUGAUGAAGGCGUCCCGGUGCAGGUGGACGGGGAGGCCUGGGUUCAGCCUCCAGGGUACAUCAAGAUCAUCCACAAGAACCGAACCCAGACCCUCACCAGAGACAGGGUGAGUACUAGACCAGACCCUCACCAGAGACAGGAUGAGUACUAGACCAGACCCUCACCAGAGACAGGGUGAGUACUAGAUCAGACCCUCACCAGAGACAAGGUGAGUACUAGACCAGAACAAUACCAGAGACAGGGUGAGUACUAGACCAGAACAAUACCAGAGACAGGGUGAGUACUAGACCAGAACAAUACCAGAGACAGGGUGAGUACUAGACCAGACCCUCACCAGAGACAGGGAGAGUACUAGACCAGACCCUUGCCAGAGACAGGGUGAAUGCUAGACCAGAACAAUACCAGAGACAGGGUGAGUACUAGACCAGAACAAUACCAGACACAGGGUGAGUACUAGACCAGACCCUCACC